ACUGCCUGAGCUGAUCUCAGUUCUCACACUUCUCCAUUAUGACUGACAUUGUGUCACUAAAUAACAGCAUUUAAACACUCAGUCAGAUCAGAGGAAGUGAACAAACACAGGAAGAGCUGAUAGCAUUUAAAGAAAGAGUUGUGAGCAUAUAAUGAAGAGGAAGACUGACAGAAAGAGAAAAUGGCUGAUAAGUGUCAUUUGUGUCUGCUGGGACUGAUCAUUCUCUCUUCACUUCUCACAGGUACCAGUGGAGUGAAUGAUGAUCAUGUGUUCAUCAGUUCUGGUGAAAAUGUCCGUCUGCCCUGUAAUAAUCAUCUUCAUGACUGCAAAUCAACUACAUGGACCUAUAACAGACAUUCAGCAACAGUUGAACUGAUUGGUUUAGGGAUAAAGAAGAAAAACAUCGAGAGACAUGAGAGACUGAGUCUGGGGUCUGACUGCUCUCUGAACAUCAAGAACAUCAUAAAAGAAGAUUAUGGACUUUACAGCUGCCGACAAUAUGUGAAUGGACAAAAACAAGGAACUGAUGCACAUGUUUAUCUGCAUGUUCUUCAUGUCUCUUCAUCAUCCUCACAGACUGAGAUCAGUGCAGGCAGCUCUGUGACUCUCUACUGUCAGUUGUUUUCAAAUUCUGGAGACUCUUGUGAUGAUUGGAUCCGUUCUCAGUUAAUUCGGCUGUUCUGGGUGAAUCAUUCUGGUGUUAAACUGACAAUAUCAGACUCCAGAUAUCAGAUAUCAGCUCCAGGACACUGUAUCAUCACUCUGAAUGAAGAUGACAACAGAGAGUGGAGAUGUGAAAUUACUCACAGAAAUCAAGUCAAGACCUCAGUCACAUAUACUGUCAAGAGUUCAGCUCAAGAUAAAACAAGAAAAGCAGUGACUGUGACAGUGAUUUCUGUUUCUGUCACUGCAUUUGCUGUUUUUCUUCUUGUUGUUCUCUGGCUGAUCUGCAGAAAAAGAGCUGAUAAUAAAAUGGGGACUUAUGAGUCAGUGGUCAAAGGUGAGAAUGAAGAUAAAGGGACGUAUGAAACAAUCAACAUGUCCAUUCCUGCUGCUGCUAGAGACAAUGAGCAGACAGAUGAUGUGACUUAUUCUGAAGUCUCUUCUUCCAGUAAAAAGCCAGUAAAAUCACUCAAUGAUCAUAAUGAUACAGUGACUUACGCUGCCAUCAGAGGAACAGAAAAUGAGCCGCGGGAUGAACUUUACACCUCUGUGAACAAGAACAAGGACAAAUAAACAUUAAUGACACAGAUCACUGCUUGAGCUCAUCAUAUCAG